UUUCCCGCCAAUUCUCUCUCUCUCUCUAGAAAACUCUCUUUCUCUCUCUCUCUCCCUCCCUCCCUCAAACCCCUUGCACCGCCACCACUGCAUUGUCCGUACAUCAAUGGCGGAGACCCCGAAAAAACCCUUCCACACCCCAAGAAGCUCCAAACACCAACCGCAAGUCACACCCAAGCCCUCUCCUUCUCUCACCCCUGCAACCCCGCAAACCCUAGCCCCUCGCAGAUCCACUCGCCGAACGUCCCUACACUUCAAUCCAACCCCCAAUCCCCACAAACACAACGACCAAAUCGAAAACCCCAUCGAGGACUUCGCAAGAACCCCAAGAAAUAAGAACAAAAUCAGGGAGAGAUCCGAUCCAAAGACGCCCCGGAAGUCGAUCAACAAUGACGAAGAAGCUUGCAUUGAAUCAGUGAAAGCACCGAAAUCUGCAAAGAGGAUUGAAAAACCAGGGCCGAAAAAUGGGGGAGAUUUCGUUGACGUUCAGGUAUCGUUCUCGCCGGCGUCGCCGGACCCGUCCGAAUCGACAGGGAGGAAGAGGAAGAGAGGGGGAGACAGGAUGGUGGUCACGAGAGCUAUGGCUUCAUCAAAGUCGGAGAAGAAGAGGGGCUCGGCACCGCCACGGAGGCAGUCGGGAAGGCGGGUGUAUUACAAGAAAGUGGUGUAUGAUGGGGGCGAGUUUGAGGUGGGGGACGAUGUGUAUGUGAAGAGGAGGGAGGAGGCAAGCUCAGAUGAUGAGGAGCCGGAAAUGGAGGACUGCAGGGUGUGCUUUAAGGCGGGGAGGGCUGUGAUGAUUGAGUGUGACGAUUGUUUAGGUGGGUUUCAUUUGAAGUGCCUGAAGCCGCCGUUGAAGGAGGUUCCGGAAGGGGGUUGGAUAUGUGGGUUUUGCGAGGCCCGCAGAUCAGGUAAGGAGAUUGAGCUCCCGCUGCCACCGAAGGGGAAGAAGCGGUUGAGGACGAUGAGGGAGAAGCUGCUUUCAAGCGAUUUGUGGGCUGCCAGCAUUGAAAGUAUGUGGAAAGAAGUGGAUGGUAGCUUUUGGUGUCGGGUAUGUUGGUAUAUAAUCCCGGAAGAGACUGCCUCUGGAAGACAACCACAUAAUUUGAGGAGGGAGCUUUAUCGCACAAACGAUUUUGCUGAUAUUGAGAUGGAUUCUAUUCUUAGACACUGCUCUGUCAUGAAUCCUAAAGAAUAUGCCAAGGCCAUUAAUGAAGGGGAUGAUGUUUUUUUAUGUGAAUAUGAAUAUGAUAUUCAUUGGCACAGUUUCAAGCGUCUUGCUGAUAUUGAUAAUGGUAAAGAGGAUGGUGAAGAAGUUGACAGUGAUGAAGAUUGGACACUCUGCAAGGAUUCAGAUUCUGAUAUAGAUGAGGACUUUGGAUAUGAAGAGGAGAACUUAAAAAAAUUACUAACCAAACUAUCCCCAGCUCAGGAGUUGGCUGCAAACUCAAGGAAGGGACAGUUCUUCGGACUUCAAAAGAUAGGGACCAAGAAAAUCCCAGAGCAUGUAAGAUGCCACAAGCAGACUGAACUUGAAAGAGCAAAGGCAACACUUUUGUUGGCAUCAUUACCUAAAUCUCCACCUUGCAGGAAUAAAGAGAUGGAGGAGAUUACUUCAUUUAUCAAAGGUGCCAUCUGUGAUGAUCAAUGUUUGGGACGUUGCCUAUACAUUCAUGGUGUUCCUGGAACUGGCAAGACAAUGAGUGUACUAGCAGCAAUGAGGAAUCUGAGGUCUGAAGUUGAUACAGGAGGUGUAAGACCCUACUGUUUUGUGGAGAUUAAUGGUCUAAAGUUGGCAUCCCCUGAGAGUAUAUACAGGGUUAUAUACGAAGCAUUAAGUGGGCACAGAGUCAGUUGGAAAAAGGCUCUCCACUUGCUGAAUGAGCGUUUUUCAGAUGGAAAGAAAAUUGGAAAAGAGGAUGACCGACCUUGUAUUCUGCUCAUUGACGAACUUGAUCUUCUUGUAACAAGAAAUCAGUCGGUUCUAUAUAACAUUCUUGAUUGGCCUACUAAGCCACAUUCCAAAUUAAUUGUGAUAGGGAUAGCAAAUACCAUGGAUCUUCCAGAAAAGUUGCUACCUCGUAUCUCAAGUCGUAUGGGUAUCCAAAGGCUUUGCUUUGGCCCUUAUAACUAUCAGCAGCUUCAAGAAAUCAUUUUAAGUCGUCUUAGAGGCAUUGAUGCAUUUGAAAAACAAGCUAUAGAAUUUGCAUCAAGAAAGGUCGCAGCAAUAUCAGGAGAUGCACGUCGUGCUCUGGAGAUAUGCAGGCGGGCAGCAGAAAUAAAAGAUUACAAUAUUAAGAAACUAAAGUCAACUACCAAUUCUGUUCCUUCAGGAAAAUCAGUUGUUAGUAUGGCUGAGGUGGAAGCAGCAAUCCAGGAAAUGUUCCAGGCACCUCAUAUACAGAUAAUGAAAAGUUGUUCCAAACUGAGCAAAAUCUUCUUGACAGCUAUGGUGCAUGAGCUUUAUAAAACAGGAAUGGGUGAAACUACCUUUGAAAAGUUGGCAAUGACUGUAUCAUGUCUCUGUACAAGCAAUGGAGAAGCAUUUCCUGGAUAUGACACACUCUUGAAAGUUGGCUGUAAGCUUGGUGAAUGCAGAAUAAUUAUAUGCGAAUCAGGGGCUAAACACAGGUUGCAAAAAUUACAGCUCAAUUUUCCAAGCGAUGAUGUGUCAUUUGCACUCAAAGACAGCAAGGAGAUCCCUUGGUUGGCUAAGUAUCUAUAAUUCAAGACCCAGAAUCACAUUCAAUAUUAAAUACAGAGCAAUUUUGACUUGGAUUUCGAUACUUUUUAUUAUUAUUAUUAUUAUUUCUAAAUUCCUAUUAAUUCAUGUUAUUUUAUCAGAUGCCUCCAUCUUUCUUUCCUUCUCUUUUUAAGUUCAUCUGGGAGAAAUUGUAUCUUGUUAUGAGGCGUUGUUAUUUUUCCUAUUGUAAACUU